AUGCCGGACACUUCAAAGAUCCAGAUCCGGCUCCGAGACGGCUCUAUUUAUGCCGCAAAGGAAGACAAAAUAAUCCGGGCACGAGGCGUUCGGUAUGCCAAAGCAGCGCGAUUCCGACCGCCCCAAUCUCUACAGCCGUGGUCAGAUGCCAUCGAUUGCACCAAACCGGCAUCGAUAUGCCCACAGCUGCCAUCUCGCCUCGAGGCCCUCAAUGGCAACAUUACCGCCGGGCACGCCAUGGACGAAGAUUGUCUGCACGUCAGCAUCUGUGCGCCUGCAAGAGAGGAUAUGACCAAACUGCUACCCGUCAUUGUGUUUAUUCAUGGAGGCGGCUAUACCUCCGGUGGGGGUGAUCUUGACGUCUACAGUGGCAUCGAUUUGGCGGCGGCCGGGGUCGUCCAGGUCAGCAUCACAUAUCGACUUGGUAUCCUGGGCUAUCAGUCAAUUGAAGAUAUCGCGCCAGCCAACCUGGGAUUGCUUGAUCAAAUGGCAGCCCUCCGGUGGGUCCGCGAGAACAUCAGCGCCUUUGGCGGCGAUCCUAAGCAGGUGACACUCUCGGGCACCUCUGCGGGCGCCGACUCGAUCUACUGUCUUUUUGCUGCCGACGGAGGCCAGGAUCUAUUCCAGCGUGCGAUUAUACAAAGCGCCCCCCUAGGCGUCCGACACAUGGACCGCGGCGCUAUGGUGAAAGCACUCGAAGGGGUAGCGAAAGCCUCGUUCAUCGGCAAUCCAGCCGAAAUGACACUGGACGAGCUGUAUGAAGUGCAGAAGAAGCUAGCAGUCGAGUCGCGCAACUUCGAAGUUCUCGGGAUGCCAUUUGCGCCAACCCUUGGCCAUGCGCCGCUGGCAAUCAGCAAAGCUGAGUUUGACUCUCGCGUGCAGCGUGCCCUAAGACAGAUUCCCAUCUUUAUUGGGUACUGCCGCAACGAGGGUGCUGCAUUUGAGGGUAUUUUUGCGGCCAUGAACCCCGACGUGAAACCACCCACCACAACUAGCGUUGUGGAUUUUAUAAGCUCGUCCUGGUUCCAGGACGACUCGGACAAGCUGUGGGAGAAAGCGCGGGCUGUGGGUGGCGAUCCCUGGUUCUACGAGUUGGUGGUUGUCCCCAAUGGCAGCCCGUUCAAGGCCGCGCAUACGUUGGAGAUGCCGUUUAUACUAGGUGGCUGGGACGCAUGGAAGAAUGCGCCGAUGCUAAAGGGAAACAAUGCAGAAUAUGCAGUGAAGAAUGUGGGUGUAGAGGUCAGGAGAUUGUGGGUGGCGUUUGCGCGCGGUGAGAAGUUGGAGAAGACUAUGUUUACUAUUGACGAACGCUUCAAAUUUUGA